AUGCUGCGUCGUUUCGCUGGUCGUGGUGCUCGCUACGUGCAUCAUUCGACAGCGCUCUUUCCGACCUCGAAUCGAUUCAGCAGUAAUGCCAGCUCCUCUCAAGACGCUGAUCAAGGCCUCGUGCGACUCGCGAAGCUCAUGGCUCAAAAAGGCAUCUGCUCUCGUCGUGAAGCGGAAGCGUACAUUCAAGCUGGAGAUGUACUAGUCAAUGGCGAACAAGUGCAGGCAAAAUGGCUCAAAGUGCCUCUAGACAGCGACGUCCGUCUGGACUUUCGAGCUCAGCGACAUCAGAACAAAAAGGUGACGCUAGUGCUGAACAAACCAUUGGGCUAUGUGUCGUCUCAGCCCGAGCUGAACAAGACGCCCGCCGUUCGACUGCUCACCUUUGAGAACGAGUGUCAAGAACUGAGUCACGUCAAGCCUCGACAGAGUAUUGAACCAGUGAACUUGUGGAAAAUGGCAGUCUGUGGCCGUCUUGAUGUCAACUCGACGGGACUGCUGCUUUUCACACAAGAUGGAACAGUGGCUAAGACGUUGCUGGAUCCCAAGAGCGGGAUUGAGAAGGAAUAUCUCGUGCGUGUGGACGUCAAUUUAGAUCCGACAAGUGACGAGAUGCAGGCCAAGCUGGAGGUGCUGCGUGCUGGUGUGACGUCCGAGGAAGGCAUCACGUACCGAGCUAAGUCGGCGGAGAUAUUGAACGCGAACCAACUGCGGAUGGUUCUUACGGAAGGAAAGAACAGGCAUAUUCGCCACAUGUGUGAGCAUGUCGGGUUGCGUGUGAUGGCUCUGAAGCGCGUACGUAUCGGAGGCGUGAAGCUCGGGUCACUGCCUGUUGGACAAUGGAGGUAUAUGCAACCGACUGAUCGGAUCUAG